AUAUAAUAUAUGAGCAAUUUACUUCUAUAAAUUCCAGUGGUAGUUGAUAGAAAUUUUUAAAAAUUACCAAAGAGUACUUUCAGUUCUAAGGAUUACAAAUUAAACAUAAUGGGAAUGGCCGGUUACACAGUAGCACUGAUGAUGAUAGGAGUGAUAAUCUCCCCUUGUCUCUAUGGAAAAGAGUUCUCCGAUCACCAGGAAAUCGAAGUAGAAAGACUAUUGAAGCGGCUCAACAAGCAUGCUCUUAUAUCCAUUGAGAGCGAAGAUGGUGAUAUAAUAGAUUGUGUUCCAAUACAUAGUCAACCAGCUUUUGAUCAUCCUCUGCUUAAAAAUCACACCAUCCAGAUGAGACCGGGCUUUAUACCGGAAAGUACGUCUACGUACACCAAGAAAAAGAUAAACCCUACUCAGGCGUGGAACAAGAAUGGAAGAUGCCCUGAAAAUACAGUUCCGAUAAGAAGAAUAAAGAGAGAAGAUAUCUUAAGAUCAAAAUCCAUUGAGAAUUUUGGGAGAAAGAUGAUGACUCCAGCUCCAGACAUCCUUUUAUAUGGUUCAAGCAGUUUUCUUGAAGAUGAUCCAAGCAAAGGCCAUGAGUACGCGGUCAUGAGUUCCGUGAACGGACAGUAUUUCGGGUCACAAUUUUCAGUGAAUGUCUGGAAACCAGCAGUUCAAGUUCCAGGUGAGUUCAGCUUGGCCCAGACUUGGCUCGCGUCUGGAGAUCGCACUCAUCUUAACACAAUUGAAGCUGGUUUGCAGGUUUAUCCGGGAAAAUAUGGUGAUUAUAACGUAAGAUUAUUUGUUUACUGGACGGCCGAUGGAUACCAAAAGACAGGGUGCUACAACACCGACUGCUCAGGUUUCGUUCAAAGGAGCAGUGUUAUCACAGUAGGUGGAAGCUUCAACCCCGUCUCAGUAUACAACGGAAAUCAAUACGAGCUCUCCAUGCUUAUAUGGAAGGACCGCGGAAGCGGAAACUGGUGGCUACGGAUAGGUGAAGAGUUUGUGGGGUACUGGCCUGGCCAGUUAUUCAAUUCUAUAGGAAGUGGAGCUACGGUAGUUCAAUGGGGAGGUGAAAUCGUUAACUUGGCGACUGGUGGGCAACACACGACCACGGACAUGGGAAGUGGACAUUUUGCAGAGGAAGGUUUUGGGAAAGCGAGCUAUUUCAGGAAUCUUAUGACGGUCGAUGGAACCAAUACUCUGAGAGAACCACAAGGAGUUAACCCCAUAGUGACCAAUGCUAACUGUUACAACAUUAAGGCAGGACAAGCUGGAACUACCUGGGGGGUUAAUUUCUUUUACGGUGGCCCAGGCAGGAACGCUAGAUGCCCUUGAUUCGGAUCUGUCUUCUCAAAGAUUUUGAGUAUUGUACAUACAUGUCUGCAUGUAUCUGCCUAUGAACGUAUGAGUAAGAAAAAUAAUUCACGUCAUAGAAGUUAAUAUCAUAUGUGUCCUUGUAUAAUACGUGUGUAAAAGCUUUUCGAAUU